GUUGUAUUGGGACAAUCAGCUCAACACAUGUCAUAAUACAAAGUUCAAAACACCGCCAAUAUGGAUCUGUUUUGGGCAGGCAUCUUAUUUCUUGUGUUUAUACUUUUUCUGAUUAUCGUGUUAGGACUGACAUCCAGCGAGAAGGAAGGAAAUAUCAAAGAUUUCCCGUCAAAAUACCCAGAGCAAAAGGCAGCAGACAAGGAGCAUUAUGAUGUUGCCAUUGUCGGCGCCGGCCCAGCCGGAUCAGUCUGCGGCUACUAUCUGGGAAAAGAAGGAUGGAAAUGUCUCCUUUUAGAGAAGAAGAAAUUUCCACGGGACAAAUAUUGUGGAGAUGCUGUUUGUAAAACUGGAAUCGAGAUUUUAAUGGACAUGGGAAUAUAUGAUCAGCUCCUCAAACAGAACAAAGCUCAUGUGUCGGACAAUGGAGGAAUGUGCAGUCCUGGGGGGUUGAGCUUCAUCGGGCGCAGUAAGGAAGCUCUGGGUCCUGUCCCCGCAGCUCUUGCAUGUAAGAGGAUACACCUUGACGAGGCCAUCGCCAUGGCAGCAAAACGGGCAGGAGCAGAUUUACGGGAGGAAUGUUCUGUGGAUGAAGCUGUAUUUGACAAAGAGAAAGGACUAUGGACUGUGACCUUGGAGAACACGGACACAGAGUUUACAGCAAGGGUGCUAGUUUGUGCGGAUGGUGCACCGUCUCGCCUGGCAACUAAACUUGGGCUCGUGACAAGGCCUCCAGACAGCACAUGCUCCAGAUCGUAUGUCGAGGGCGGCACACACAAGUUCAAGGCCGAUGGUGUUAUCUUCUACAACAAGACAUUGCUUCCAGGUUACUCAGCCUUGUUCCGCCACCCCAACGACGUCUUAAACUACUGUUGCUACAUCAUCCCCGGCAACCCCGACGUGAAGAGCGAGGACCUGGCCCACUGGCAUGAAUGGCUCAAGACCAACGAUCCAAACAUCAAGAGAGCCCUUGGUCCAGACCACAAGAUAGAGAGGAUGAAAGCUGCAAGUCUACGAAUCGGGGGAGAGAAAGUGUCCCAUGGAGAUCAUGUGAUUGUUGUCGGUGAUGCUGCAGGAAUGAUUGACCCAAUGACAGGAGAAGGAAUCCAUCAUGCUAUGGAGGGAGGACAGAUUGCAGCAAAGUUCCUGCAGGAGGUACUACUUCAUGGUAACUAUGACAACGAUGUGAUGAGGAUCUUCCACCAGAGAUGGAUGAAAAAGUUUGGCUACGACUUCUGGUGGUCCAUGAUAUUUGCACAGCUGGUAUUCCGGUUUCCAAUCCUGAUCGAUGCAGCAACAGCUGCUGUCAAGAGAAAGGGAGAUAAGUUCCUUCUGAAAUGGGCAGACAUUAUGACAGGUCGAGUUCCCAAGCUCCACAUGCUGAAACCUGAGUUCACUAUCGUCAUCACGUUUGAGCUAGUACGACUCAUCAUUCAGAGGCUGUUUAGGUUUGGUCGGAAAGACAAGGAAGAAUAAUUAACAUUUAUACAUUUUUAGGGAAAAUAUUCCCAGCCUUGUAGGGAAGCAUCUCUUUUAAUGUAGCUUUAAUACCAUCGCAACAUAUUUAAGGUUUGAUGUUUUGCCAAUACAUCAAUGAUUUCAAUGAAUUUCAAAACAUAUGUAUCUAUUGUUUAUGUAUUAUUACAUAAAUAUAAUUUCGGAGUGUUUCGAAUUGCCUGUGUGAUAUUAAGAAUGUACGUCGCGGUUUUCAUACUUAAUUUUCAUUAUACAUAUUUAGUAAGCUGGAUUUAUGACAUGUACUUUCCUUGUCAUGAUUUUGCAGUAAUUUUAUUUUACUUUUAAUGUAAGUAAAAGUGGCAUUGUGAACCAAAUGGUUUGAAGCCAUUUUAUGUACUGUUCCAUGAAUAGAAAAACAACAGUAUUACAUUUUUAGAUGUCAGACAAGGUGUUUUAAUGAAAUAGAUAUUGCAUUGACACAUUAUUAUAAAAAGUAGUGCCUGCAAGGACCUCAUUUGCACAAUUAUUGGAAGGUGAUAAGUAUUUUUUAUUUGUCUAACAUAUUGAGACCACUAUCCAGUAUGCGAUAAAAAAUAGAACUUAACAUAUUUAUGAAUAUGUCACUUGUAGGGUGCCAAGCCUUGUGUAUUUUAAAUGCAUCACACCACUGCCACUGUCGAGUUCAUCUAGGAUUCCAGACAAAGGAUUUGAAGGCAAAUUGGGUUAGAAAUAAUUAUAUUGCUCCUAUUUCAGAUUUUUGAAAGUUCUAAUUUUCAUAAAUUCAGAAAUAUUUUCCCAAUGUAUUCGCCCUAUUAGUGCACUCAGUGCAAUAAUCAUCCUCGAUAAUCUCCAGGGUAUACGUUACGAUCACUCUCCACUAUACCCUGGAUGCAUCCACGGCUUGGCCGGAUGAUUUUAUUACCUCCCUUGGCUGGCUUUUUAUCCAAUCAGGUGUCUAUAAUAAUAAUUAUCAGGCCAAGCUGUGGAUGCAUCCAGCGUAUAGUGGAGAGUGAUCGUAACGUAUACCCUGGAGAUUAUCGAGGAUGUGCAAUAACCUAAAGUUAAGUAUUAUGUCCUUUUGCUCCAUCAUAUUUAUUGUCCACAAUAUCAGUGAAAUAAGUUUGUACGAGGCAAAGGAAAACAUCUGCACAAUGCCAGGCCAUAAGUUUGUAACUAAUUGAAUUGGGGAGGUUCUUAAUGUCAACAAUGGAAGUUUCAGUGCUAUUUUGGCCUGGUCAAUGGUUAUUGGAAGUUUUGUUUGGAUUUGUCAUAAUGCAGCAUAGAGAGGAUUAAUAACUGUAAUGUCAAAAAAGAAAGAAUAAUAUUCACCACUGGCCAAUCACUGUGAAAGAUUUUUUCAAUAUGUUUUUUCAGUCUGAGUGAGUGAGUUUAGUUUUACGCCGCUUUUAGCAAUAAGGUUGUCCAGUACUCCUGUGUUGAAAAUAUAAGGAGUACGUACUCCAGAUGUUGAAAAAUUAUCUGGAGCCCUGGCUUAUGUUUUGUCUUUUAUGAUGGUGUUUCUAAACAUUAGAGAUUGGUCUAGAUUUGGGUCUGGACGUCAUCAUUGGAGCUUAGCUUUAAAAACAACGAAAGACAUUACUCAUUUGCUUUUUGUAUGUAGGCGCAAACCCCUGAUUCUUUAUCAAACUUAUUUUUCAUGUACAUAAACAUUGACAAUUAUUCGUAUAUGAUAUGAUUUUACUGUUUGAUUGGAAAGGAACAGUGUUUUUAAGGUCAACAAUAUUAACAUUACAUAAAUGCUUGAUUGGCAUUUUAGAAGAUGAUAUUUGAUGAACAUAGAGAUUAAAAAGAAGAUGUAACCCAGAAAAAAAUCUCUAUGUUCAACAUUACAUAAGUGUUGAAAACCAGUGGUUAACAUUGCGAGCAACAAUCCAUGCCGUCAAGUAGAACACAAAAUGUGUGGUCACACAAAGAAUGACCUUGAACUUGAUGUAACAUUUAUGUUGACAAGUGUGCAUAGUAUGGUCAGUCUGUUAGUGCUGUUAAACACUGAGAUCACUUUGCAGAAUGAGGCCCAGAGUCCUUUUUCAGUCUUACGAGCAGAAGAUACAAGAGGUCACAAAUUAUAACCUCCUUUUAGUCAGCUUUUUACAAGCACUGGGUACAGGAGGCGUGUUCCGUCCUGUAUGUCUUUAUGGAUAUCCUUGAUUCUACACCCACGCUAAAGUAAUGGCGUUAAAGGCACAAUGUCAUGCCACAGUUCUCGAAAAAUACAUAAUGCAUUUCUCUCAAUAAUACUAUCAGCCCUCAGGGAAGCUACCGUAUAAUUUAUUUUAUUAUUAAUAAUUAUGUAUUUAGAUUAUGAUAUUAAAUUAAAAGGUUCGAAUGAAUUAAUGCAACGUAUAUGGACUCUCACACCCUCUACCAUCCAAACAUCAUUUCAAGCGAACCCCACAGAGUUAUGUCCCUUGGAGCAUUCUUUACGUAUAUCCAGUGAUAUAAUAUAUAUGUGAUUGAAACCAGUUUGGCUAACGCCAACAACACCCUGUGCGACAGUUUUCAAUGUACGGAGUAAUUGUUUACAUUCCAUAUAUGGCAAAUGUUCGCCUCAAAGUUUCAGUUGUCGAUUUCAGGCAAGUCGUAAGGGAUAAUAAGUCUUUUAUUGCAUCAAUAGGAAGCUAAAGUGAGUGCAUAUGCCCCAAAUAUAUAAAAUAGAGGUUAAUUAUUGUCGAAAAUGUGUGACAUUGUGCCCUUAAGAUCACCUCGAAAGCAGGAUCCCUUUGUACAAUGGCUUCCUGGAUAUACAGACUGUAAGAACCUUGUAUUUACAAAUACAUUCCACCCUAAAGAUAUAUGCUGCUUUUGUGUUCUUGAUGAAUUAAUGUUUGUGCCAAAUUGAUUCCUUGCUCACUGAACAAUAUCUUAAUUGUUUUUGACAAUGCUUUUACUGUCAGUAUUUAUUCUUGCUUGAUACUGUUUUUCAGCAAUAAAAAAGUCUAAACUGG